UCUAGGAUAAACGCUUGCGACGAGCACAACAAGUGCGCGCAUGCAACCAGCCCCGGAUCCAUCCUCAGUCCGGAGUCACUCAACAGCUCCGCAAGCCUGUUGUAUAGUGUAGUGCGAAAGUGAAAUUUCCGAGUGCGAAAUCAAUCAGACGAGUGAGAGUGCCAGUGCAAGUGCAAGUGCAAGUGAGAGUGAGAGUGAGUGACUGGCAGGACAACUGCCCCCACCCGAAUCCCUACCUCCCGGGGAUGCGCGAUGCGAUCUCCCCAAGUUAAUUAACUGCGCGCGUGCAUCUACAAUCCGGUGAAUCAAACAUGUAACUCUGCGAUCGAUAUUUGCGAGGUGGUGCCAAAGUAGAACCCCCAAAGCGAAACCAGAAACCACAAGCCACCGAUUUUGUGCAACUCGCGAAAGUGUUGCCAGUGAUUUUGUGAAGAUAAUCAGUGGCCUGAUCGAUGGCCAACAACUCGUUGUGUUCCGAGAGUUGAGUGUGCUUUUGAGGAAAAUCCAAUCCACAACCAAUUCAAUUGCAAAACCUAAUCCGAACCCCAAACCCCAAUCCAAAAUUUAAGCCCCAUUGCAGAGGGGAGUUGCUGCAAGUUGUGCGGCGAUUUGCCAUUUCAGCUGGAAUAAACCAAAUACAGAAAUAUGCAUAGGUUUUGGAUAAUCGUUUUACUUUUAGGAUUACUACACACAAAGACAAUAAAUGGACAAUCGGACGUGGAGGUGCAGCUGGUGGUGCCCCGGUAUGUGGAGCGCGGCUCGAGUGCCACCUUCAAGUGCCGGCACAAUGUCCAACCGGAAAUACUCUUCAAGGUGACAUGGCUGAAGGUUGACAAGGGCAAGUUCUUCGAGUUCAUAAAUGGACGGAAUCCGCCAUUCCGCAACUCCACCAUCGAGGGGGCCGAAAUAGACUGGGACAACUCCAACGAGCAGCAGGUGACCCUCAAGGAUGUGCAGUUCGAUCUUUCUGGGCAGUUCUACUGCGAGGUCUCCACGGAUACACCAAUCUUCACCAAGGCCAGCGCCGAUGAGCUGAUGAGCGUGUUCUUGCCACAGACGGGUCCGCCCACAAUUAAGUUUCGCAAGCGAACGCCCUUUGCGGUGGGCGAGAAACUUUUCGCACUGUGCAACACCACUCGCGGACGUCCUGCCCCGCACAUCACGUGGCUAAUCAAUGGGAAAAAGGUGGAGGAGAAGUACGUGCGCACUCAUCAUGUGUUCUCGUUCAACGGCAAGCACCAGCGACGCACGCAGCAGCAGCAGCAGACGCAGCUGAGUCAGCAGCAGCUGCAGCAGCAGUACUAUCAGAAUCAGUACUACAACCAGUACCAUCAGCAGUACCACAUCCCAGUGGGCCAAUUCAUGGACCGCUACGACAAGAGCCUCCGCUGGCCGGCCGGCGCACGUGCGGAUGAAUUUCCGCACUUUGCCGCACACCAUCACGAGGGGCACCACCAUGGUGGUGGGGGCGGAGGCGGUGCUGGUGGCAGCAUUUACAACAAUCCGUUUGGCUCGCUGGCCAACUACCAUGACGUGGGCGAGUUCCAUGAGAUACAUCAGCGCAACUAUGACAUCAACAAGAAGAAACUCGAGCUCAAGAAGCAGCAGCAGAUGGAGCUGAAGAAGCACAGGAACAGCAGCAGCCGCAAGUAUCGGCGGCACAUCAACGAGAACGCCCUCGGCAUCAUCCGGAGCACCCUGAACAGCGGCGGCUUUGGCCCCCAGGCGCCCAACAUUGCCAAAGAGCUGGGCAUACCCUCGAAUUCGGGGCCCAUGAAUCAGCUGGCGGCCGGCUACCAGCGUCCGCUCUCCCAUCCGGGCGGCGGCAGUGGCGUCGCGGCAGCCGCAGCGGCUGUCACAGCAGCCCAGCAGGAGAAGGGCAUGUUCAGCAUCAGUCAGCUGAACCUGGAGCUCACCGACGAGCAUGUGGGCAGCAAUGGGCGCAUGGAGAUCACCUGCCUGUCGACGAUACCAGCGACUGUGGGCCAGGGCGAACAGUAUGCCGACUACAAAACGUAUUCCGUAAAAGUUGAGGUUGAGCGACAAUUGGCCUCCUCCACGUCAACGGCAGCGCCCAGCAUCGGUAUGGCGGCACUGGGCAACGGCAAUGGACACGGGAACGAGACCUCGGCUGGCUCUGUAAUGCCACAUCUGUGGUCUCUGGCUCAGAUUCUGCUACUCAUGCUCCUGCCCUUGAGCUACUAGGAGCUACUAGUCUAGGUGCAGCAGCUGCUGGCGAGAAGCAGACCACCGACAUACCAAGGCAUAGUUACGCCAAAACAAAGAACACCCACAUCAUCAUCAUCAUCUUCGCCAGCAUCAAGGGCAGUAGCGCAAGGAACAGCAGAAGCAGCAGCAGCAGCAGCAGAACUAAGUUGGGUUUUUUUAUAAAUUGUACACCAAAUUUUUAAUUUAUUUCCACGUGCAUGAGCUCGAUUGAGCAGGAAAAUUAGCACACCACAAAGAAAUUAAACCAAGGAAGGGGGAAAGGGCGAUGCAGAAAUAGUGGAUUUAUAGGAGAAUUUGUAAAAUUUUUGUGCUGCUCUCCUUGGAAGCCAAUUUAAAUAGUUUACUUGUAGAUAAUUUGAAAUUGCCGAGGGGCAACGUGUGUUGAUAUCCCUUCCCACUGGUCUUUUUUUAUAUUUUUUGUGUGGCCAAAAUGCCAAAGAAAAAUGUUUGUAAUUAAGUUGCAGUCGGACCGGACUGUUGGACUGGAUUGUGUGGGAAAUGGUUUGUCCAUUUCUCAUUCCAUUGCAGUCGCAGUUGCCGACGGACAUUUUUUGUAGCGCAAAGAAAUUUUUGUAUAGCUAAUUGAACGUAAGUUCGGUGGAAAAGCUCGCCCCAUCGGGCAGUCAGCUAUUCCAACUGAGCAAAAUAAAGUUUUUGUGCUCUUCAAGGUCAGCGCACAGUGGGCUUGGCAUUCCACCCAGUGAUUUUCCAUCGCCGGCCUUGUCAGAAAUUUGUGCGAAUGCCGCUCCCAACCCCUGAGGGAUCCCCAUCCAGGCAAACGAAAAACGAUUGAAGUAAAGUUUUUAGGCGUUUCCAAGCUAGUUAGUCGCUACGAAGCUUGUACCUAAAAUGCAUCGCAUCAUCCAAAUGCAACAGCAAACAGAUGAACAAAUGAACAGAAGUCCCCAUCCCCCUGCCCAGAGGCACACAAACAAUUUAGCGAAAUGAAAGUUAUUUUUUAUGGUGUUUGUAGCGCUUCGGCUAGUCAAGGAUGUGGAUGUGGAUGUGGAUGUGGGUUAGGCCACUGAGGGUUAGGCUAGGAUUAAGGCAAAUUGAAUUUAAGCGCCAGCCACAUUCCACUUAAAUACGAGUACACGGAGUACCCUCCCUCCCCAGAAAAGAAACCCAGAGAAAAUUAAACGUUUAAAUGUAAAAUAAUUAGACAGUUAAACCAAGAAGCUUACAAAAACAAUCAGUGUUGAAAACAUUUUGAGAAAACCAAAACAAAAACAAAAAACGAAACGAAACGAAACAAAGAACACGAAACACAAGACACAAGAAAAUGGCGUCGCAAUGGGCGCGUCUGUGGCGCGUGGCGCUGGGUGAACCCUCGAAAAGGGUCAACUCCGAAUGGGUUGGACCGACAGGGUUAAUGGGUUUCCCCGGGGCAGAACCAGAACCAGACCCAUACCAUCGCCGCAACACAUUACGACGCUUAUUUAUUUAGAAGUAUAUUCAUUUGGUCCUUCGUUCUCGUUUCGUUGUGUGUGUAUAAAUGGUUAUCGUUGCAAUGGAUCGUUUAGAGAGUAGUUAGGAAAAUAUUUGCCAUUGCAAUUAAUUGUGUUUGUAAACGUUUUCGUUACGUAUUGUUUUUUUAGUUGUUGGAUCCUAGGCGCUCGUACUUGAGAGCAAGUGCGGAUGCAUUACGUGUAUGUAUGUAUAUUUAGGAGAACCUCUUUCAAACGCGCUUUAAGUGUCUACGUAUAUUUGCUAGAGAAGAAUUUGAAACACAUACAUGCAACAUACAUACGAGUAGCAUACCAAUGUAACUAUGUAAAGCAAGAAGAUAGCGACCGGUAGCAGAAACGGUAACACGAACCACAAACAACACGGCAAAGUAAAUAUAUGUAAAGCAAUUAGCGGACUAGUCUAUACCCAUACAUACUAUACCAUUUACCAUAUACCUUAUACUAUAUACGUGUACGUACAUAUACAUACCCUACCUAUACAUGAGCAUCUGUUUUGUGUGUAUGUGUGUAAUUAGGCUUCUAUUUUUGACUUCAAAUCGACGGCGAAACGCAACCAAAACCCAAACUAAUAUUAGUGUAUAGAAUUUAGCCUGCAGAAGCGUUCUCCUAAGCGAAAUCAGCUAAAACCAACCGAUUGACAAUUACCAAUUACCAAUUAAAUGAUUGCAAAACUAAAACCCAAACACUUUUCCCCCCAAAAAUCGGUUGUUCAGUGUGACCGGAGCUGUAGUACAUAGAUCUAAUACGAAUUCGAUUUCGAGUUCGAUUUCGAAGUAGUUUCACGUCCAUUUGGUGGCGACGGAGGAAGUGAAGGCAGCAACCGGAUAUUGCUUGAACGAACUACAACAAUUUUUUAUAAAUGAAAAUAUACUAUAGUUAUGUCGACGAUAACGGUAAACGGUAAACGGUAACGGUAACAUCAAGUAAAAUAAUAUUAAACCAAAGAGAAUGAAAACAAAACCAAAACCAAAAACAAAACAAACAAAAAACAAAGUUCAUAUUACAUAUAAAAAAUAUGGCUAAAAUGUCUUAUGCAGGUAUUGACGUCUUCCUAUGCUACGCUGUCUAUUAUUAACUGAACAAAUGAAUUACAUUUAUAAAUUAUACAUUAUGAAUAGGUAUGCAUACAAAGUUUACUGUAUGUGAAAAAGAAAAAACAAAUGAAAAAAACCAACAAAAAAAAAGAAUAAAAUAUUAACACUUAUACACAAAAAAAUGAUAAUGCUUUAAGAUCAAAUAAUGAGUUAUUUCUCUUUAAGUUUAGAACUGUUACUUAUUUUCCAUCAUCAAGACUAUUCAAUUGUGGAUAAUUUCGCUUGAUUUAUGUACGAUUAUCCUGGGAAGUGGUUCCCUGUUUGUUAUGGGUUUGAGACUCACUCGUAAAUGUUUCCCACCAAUCUAUAAACAAGUGCAAACACAUCUUAACUCUCAGCACCUCAUAUCGCAUCGACACAUAUACAGUUUGCACCUCCCAGUACCCAGUACCCAUCAUAACUCACUCCCUACUCAGCACUCUCUCUUAUUCCACUUGCAAACAUAUAUGAAUGUAUCUGUAUCUGUCUGUCAAAUAUGCAAACUGUGCGUUGUUCAGUCGCCUCAGUCCGUUGUCCCAACAUCCAUACAUUGUCUAUACAUAUGUAGCUCUGCAUGAAUAUGCAUAAUUGGUAAUGGGCCAGCUCUCAGCCAUGUGACUGCUAAUUAUUGUAUGUGCCAUGCAGCAGGCACUCUCUAUCCAGCAUAUAAGUGUGUAUUUAUGUAAAGAAAAAAAAGCAUUCAUGUAAGUGUCAAGUGCAAAGGAAACACAAAAAAAUGAUGAUAUUUGUAAAGAGCAAACUAACGUACAUUAAGUGUCGCAGCAAUUCGUAAAACAUAUCAUAAAUGUUGUAACAUUUUCUCUAUAACAUGUGUCAGUAACCUAAGAGAGAGCCAAGUGACAUUUUUCAUGACUAACAUAUGGCAUUUGUCAUUUAAAUAUCGUUUAUCCACGCAGCCUCUCUUCCGGGAGCAGGCAAUAAAGAAAAUUAAUGUACAUGGAUAUCACAUUACAUAUAUUUGAAACGCUGUGUUUUGAUCUGACAAAAAUAGUAUUACCAUGCCAGACAACAACUCGUUUCGUUCGGUCUGUGCCUCACAGUUCCCUACAUCAUUUCACUCGCAUCAAAAUCUUCCAGUCGCACAUAUCAUUGCAAGAAAUUAUACAACAAAUAUAUAUUUAAAAUAUGUAUGUAUACAAAAAGAGAUGACAAAAAGGUGUAUAAAAAAAGAUAUAUAUAUAUUUAUACAUAAUUACAUACAUACAUGAAUACAUACGAGUACAUAUGUGUAUAAACAUUUAUAAAUGAAUGCAGACAUAAUUUAUUAAUUUUAAACACUUACACCACAGAAAGCUUUAACUUUAUCAUUUCCAUUGUUUGUCGAGCAUUAAUAUAUUCCCAUGCACAUACACAUGGGACCUACAUACAAACAUAUUCAAUAUUGUACGACUUUAUUUGACUUAACCUCAUUUGUAUUGUAUAAAAAAUAUUUUACUGUAAGAAAAGGUCUAGAUAAAUAGCAUAAUUCGAGGCUAACACGAGUGCGGAUGAAACUGACGAAACAAAAAAGAAAACAAAAACCAAUGAGGAAAAAAGACAAAAUAAAAUUGAUAAAAUAACGAACACAUUUAUUUAUAGAUACAGACAUACCAGUACCAGUAACAGUUACAGUUACAACGUGUAAUUGUUGAGGAGAACAAAGAAACGCAACCUAUGCAGAUUAUGCGCGACCGGAAGCGUGGAAUAUUUGUGUGUAUAAUUGUACUAAUACUAACAUUUAAAUAUUAACAAA